AAUUGUCAAUUUAUGAGAUCCUUCCUCAUCCAACUAUAAAUAUCCACCACUAUCCAACAAGCGCCUUCAACCAAAAACCCCAACCCUCCCCCUUCCAAUUCUCACUUUCCUUCACACGCCUAUCCAUGGCUAUAUACCCUACCCCAGUCUGAACUGAACAGCACUCAUUUUUACUCAACCCAUUCUCUUCUUCCCCUUUUCCUUCUUUCUCCCCAAUCCCUUCGUUUCGAUUCCCGUCAAAUCAAACUACCCACCACGCGAAUCUGCUAAUAGUUUUGCUUCUUCCAGCUCCCCUCCAAAUCCAGCCGCCAUGGUGACCGGGAACCGGCUCCUGGAGGUGCUGAACGUCCGCCGCCUGGGCUCCGGCGACCGGGUCCUGGUCUUCGCCCACGGCGUCGGCACCGACCAGUCGGCGUGGCAGCGGAUUCUCCCGUUCUUCACCCAGAGCUACACCGUCAUCCUCUACGACCUCGUCUGCGCCGGCAGCGUCAACCCCGACUACUUCGACUUCCACCGCUACACCACCCUCGACCCUUACGUCGACGACCUCCUCAACAUCCUCGACGCCCACCGCGUCGACCGCUGCGCCUACGUCGGCCACUCCGUCUCCGCCAUGAUCGGCCUCCUCGCCUCCAUCCGCCGCCCCGAGCUCUUCUCCAAGCUCAUCCUCAUCGGCGCCUCCCCCAGGGUUUCUGAACGACAAGGACUACCACGGGGGCUACGAGCAGAGCGAGAUCGAGGAGGUUUUCACGGCGAUGGAGGCGAAUUACGAGGCGUGGGUGCAGGGAUUCGCGCCGCUGGCGGUGGGGGCGGACGUGCCGGCGGCGGUGAGGGAGUUCACGAGGACGCUGUUCAACAUGAGGCCGGACAUCACGCUGUUCGUGUCGAGGACGGUGUUCAACAGCGACUUCAGGGGGAUACUGGGGCUGGUGAAGGUCCCCUGCUGCAUCAUCCAGACCUCCAAGGACAUGUCCGUACCGCCGUCUGUGGUGGACUACUUGAAGACCCAUCUGGGCGGCAGGACCACCGUCGAGAUUCUCCGGACGGAGGGCCAUUUGCCGCACCUCAGCGCUCCUGGCCUCCUCGCGCAGGUCCUCCGCCGUGCACUUGCCCGGUGAUGGGCGGCGUUGGAAGGUUCGCCGUCGGCGGUGCGGAAAAGAGUUGUGGAAAAGUAAGUAUCAUUUAAUGAGAGAGGAAAGCCGGCAGGUUGCAUCCUACCGCUGCGGAGCAUUUUUCCUUUUAUUUUUCUGGAGUGUGGGGCCCGCUGAGGCCGGUGGAGAUGACGACACCUGGCGAAUAAUUAUGUGGACGUUACAUUACUUCGGGGUUGGGCCGAAUUUUUACGGGAUUUUUUAUUUGUACCCUACCAUAUGGAUUUUCUAAUUUUUAUAUGGAGUGAUAGACGGAAAAUCAACGGUGAAAUUUCCUUUCG